UUCUUAGGAAAAGGUUAAAAUCCACUUGAGCGACAGCAGCGGGUUGAUACAUUGUAUUUUUGUUUUUCUGCAGGGAUGGAGGUGACACGAACAAGUAAUUAACCUCUUUAUGCACCCUUAUAGAUAAUAUACACCAAGAUUAUAUUAAUAUGCUAUUAGAUACACAACGUUAGCUGUCGUUUCUCCCCGAAGAAUAGCAAAAAUAUGAUUCCGUUCAUGUCCGCGAGGUUGCGAAUGCUAACCCGCUAGCUAGCUAGCACGUUGAGUGUACCACAAACUGGCUGAUUGUUGUAUUUGUAUUACAGAUUUCAAAGACAGUUUAAGCACUGUGUACAGCGCAAUAGAUGAAGCGGACUUUCUCGCAAUCGAUGGGGAAUUUUCAGGUAAGCCCUUGUUAGCUAACUAUUUAACUAGCAAACAUUUCUAGCUACAAUUUAGCUAGCUCGCUGGCCAACCCGUCUCAGUGGCUGCUACAAGCCACACACGCAGUCGGUUUUGAACUGAGUGAUACAGUAGCUAAUACGCUAUUUUCGACUUCAGGUAUUAGCGAUGGGCCCAACGUCAGCGCACUAACUAACGGGUUGGACACGCCAGAGGAGCGCUACAUGAAGCUAAAAAAGGUAAUGGUCAAGAGAUGCUAACUCGUUAGAGCCAGAGGCAUGCGUUUAGAGUUGGGGCAAUGCGGUUUCUGCAUUAUGGUGCAUGAUUUACAUGACACUACAACAUUUUAUGGCAGCCAUGUUAGGUCCCCGUUAACAUUACAUGGGGGAAUAUUUAACUAUGCUAUGUAACUGAAUGUCUAGAAUUAGAACAAUAUUCUAAAAUAUUUCCUAACUAAGUAUAUGGCUCUGGUUACAACUGUCGGUGUCGGUCGGGUACUGAGUCAGUAACUAUAUAACUAAUAGUAUAGCGAGGUAACUCGCACAACUUUUUUUAUUUCAUGGCUGAAUUUCAUUAUGGUUUUCCGGUGUUUUGAUUACUGGAGUCUACAUGUAUGGCCCCUUGUGGGCCACAACAAGGUCAUGUGCUAGCGGUCAGGCUUUACAUCUAUACGUUUGUAUCUCUCCCUCUGCCUCUCUCCACCCCCUCUCCACCCCCUUGCAGCAUUCCAUGGACUUCUUGCUGUUUCAGUUUGGACUGUGUACAUUCACAUAUGACCAGGCAGAGUCCAAGUGAGUGGGACCUUUCUUUCUUAGAUUUAACCUUCCUUCCUUCACCACAAUGAGUAGGAGUGCUGAUUUAGGAUCCGUUUUUAGCCUUUCGGAUCAUACUGAAUGAGACUACAUGGACCUGACCCUAUAUCUGCCCUCUUACUUAGAUAAGCUUGACGCAUACGACCCCUGACCUGACUCCAGAUCAGUUUGUGCUUAAGCCAACUCUUCUCUGCUGUGUUGGUUUACUGUCAUGCCAAACGGGUUGUGUCUGAAACACAGAUCUGGGACCAGGCUGUCACAUAAUUAAAUAGAACGCUGAUUUAGUAUUAAAUAGAAGACUUAGUCAGCCAUUUUGAAUGUGAUAUCUAUGCAAGCUAUAGUCAUGUUUAACCUACCUGACCUGCUGUUCUCUCUCCCUGUGUUUUUGUCCCACAGGUACGUCAUAAAGACUUUUAAUUUUUAUAUAUUCCCAAAGCCAUUCAACAGAACCUCACCAGACAUCAAGUUCAUCUGCCAGGUUAGAAAACCUUGGUCUGUCUUAUUUAAUCCGGGUGGUAGUCAUUAGGGCAUGCAACGGGAAAUGUUUUAAAACGUUUGCUACAGAAAUAGAAAACAAACAUAGGACCCAUGUUGCUCCUGGUGGUGUUUUGUUAAAUAUGAUUGUUUGUUAUUUCAGAGUUCCAGCAUAGACUUUCUGGCCAGUCAGGGUUUUGACUUCAACAAAGUGUUCCGUCACGGUAGGAGGCAUUCUGUCUGGUUGCCAAAGAAAUCCUAACUGGGACAAUAAAGAUGAUUUGAUUUAUUGAUUGAAGCUAACCUAGCUGACACCUAGCUAUCUAACCCUGCCUCCUUUUCUGGUUGCCAUAGGGAUCCCGUACCUGAACCAGGAAGAGGAAGUGCAGCUGCGGGAGCAAUAUGAGGAGAGGCGGAGUCAGAGUAACGGAUCAGGAAACCCCUCCUACAUCUCCCCCAACUCCAACAAAGGCCCUGGCAGCAUCCCAGAGGAGCACAGGGAGUACAUCGGACGAGUGAUGUAAGUUAAACCUGACUCCCAUUGCUAGUUACAACUUUAGACUGUAGUUGCAUGUGGUAACGGAGUGGUAUGAGAGACGAGAGCCUGGUCCCAAAUCCGCCCCUUUCCCUAGCCAUCUGCUGACACCAGUUCCCCAUCCACCCCUAGCCCCUUUCCCUAGCCAUCUGCUGACACCAGUUCCUCAUCCACCCCUAGCCCCUUUCCCUAGCCAUCUGCUGACACCAGUUCCUCAUCCACCCCUAGCCCCUUUCCCUAGCCAUCUGCUGACACCAGUUCCUCCAUCCACCCCUAGCCCCUUUCCCUAGCCACCUGCUGACACCAGUUCCUCACCCACCCCUAGCCCCUUUCCCUAGCCAUCUGCUGACACCAGUUCCUCCAUCCACCCCUAGCCCCUUUCCCUAGCCAUCUGCUGACACCAGUUCCUCAUCCACCCCUAGCCUCUUUCCCUAGCCAUCUGCUGACACCAGUUCCUCAUCCACCCCUAGCCCCUUUCCCUAGCCAUCUGCUGACACCAGUUCCUCAUCCACCCUAGCCUCUUUCCCUAGCCACCUGCUGACACCAGUUCCUCAUCCACCCCUAGCCCCUUUCCCUAGCCAUCUGCUGACACCAGUUCCUCAUCCACCCCUAGCCUCUUUCCCUAGCCACCUGCUUACACCAGUUCCUCAUCCACCCCUAGCCCCUUUCCCUAGCCACCUGCUGACACCAGUUCCUCCAUCCACCCCUAGCCCCUUUCCCUAGCCAUCUGCUGACACCAGUUCCUCAUCCACCCCUAGCCCCUUUCCCUAGCCAUCUGCUGACACCAGUUCCUCAUCCACCCCUAGCCCCUUUCCCUAGCCAUCUGCUGACACCAGUUCCUCAUCCACCCCUAGCCCCUUUCCCUAGCCAUCUGCCGACACCAGUUCCUCAUCCACCCCUAGCCUCUUUCCCUAGCCAUCUGCUGACACCAGUUCCUCCAUCCACCCCUAGCCCCUUUCCCUAGCCAUCUGCUGACACCAGUUCCUCCAUCCACCCCUAGCCUCUUUCCCUAGCCAUCUGCUGACACCAGUUCCUCCAUCCACCCCUAGCCCCUUUCCCUAGCCAUCUGCUGACACCAGUUCCUCAUCCACCCCUAGCCCCUUUCCCUAGCCACCUGCUGACACCAGUUCCUCAUCCACCCCUAGCCCCUUUCCCUAGCCAUCUGCUGACACCAGUUCCUCAUCCACCCCUAGCCCCUUUCCCUAGCCAUCUGCUGACACCAGUUUCCUCCAUCCACCCCUAGCCCCUUUCCCUAGCCAUCUGCUGACACCAGUUCCUCAUCCACCCCUAGCCCCUUUCCCUAGCCAUCUGCUGACACCAGUUCCUCAUCCAACCCUAGCCCCUUUCCCUAGCCAUCUGCUGACACCAGUUCCUCAUCCACCCCUAGCCCCUUUCCCUAGCCAUCUGCUGACACCAGUUCCCAUCCACCCCUAGCCCCUUUCCCUAGCCACCUGCUGACACCAGUUCCUCAUCCACCCCUAGCCCCUUUCCCUAGCCAUCUGCUGACACCAGUUCCUCCAUCCACCCCUAGCCCCUUUCCCUAGCCAUCUGCUGACACCAGUUCCUCAUCCACCCCUAGCCCCUUUCCCUAGCCAUCUGCUGACACCAGUUCCCCAUCCACCCCUAGCCCCUUUCCCUAGCCACCUGCUGACACCAGUUCCUCCAUCCACCCCUAGCCCCUUUCCCUAGCCAUCUGCUGACACCAGUUUCCUCAUCCACCCCUAGCCCCUUUCCCUAGCCAUCUGCUGACACCAGUUCCUCAUCCACCCCUAGCCCCUUUCCCUAGCCAUCUGCUGACACCAGUUCCUCAUCCACCCCUAGCCCCUUUCCAUCUGCUGACACCAGUUCCUUCAUAUUUGCUCCUUUAUAUAAGGCGUGGUUUAAACUCCUCCAAACAGAAGUUACAGCCUCAGUGUGGAACCUGUCCUACGGUCCACAGUGAAGUCACAUGGGACUGAUUUAUGUCUAGCGGAGCAGAAAUCCAUUUUAACAGCCCGUACACCACCGUUCAGCUCCAGCCCUGAAUGCAUCCCUGUAGUCGUUUUUUGUUAAGUCUUCCUCCUGCCUCUUGUCCCUUGCAGAGAGAAGGUGGAAUCGCUGUUCACUACCUCAGAGAAGACUGUGGACCUGGAGCCCUGCACUGGGUAAAGAAACGUGUGUGUGAGAUGAAUGUGCAUUUAUACAGCACUUUCUUCAGUCUCAAAGGGCUUUACCAUGUAAACAUGGCUCUCCUAAUCCCCCAGCAACAUUUACCGUUGUUUUGUUUAUUUACAAACUCCAUUCCUCCUGUUAUUUUCUCUGCUCUGCUCCAGGUUUCAGAGGAAACUGAUCUACCAGACACUCAACUGGAAGUAAGUACUGGCUCUCCUUCAAGACCAGCAGUGUUGUUGAACUCUGCAGAUAGAAUUCAGUGUUCCACCCCAAGAAUACAGGGAGAUGAAUGAAGGCCGCUUUUUAACUUUGUUUACAUUCUGAUAUUUCUAAAACUAAUUGGUGUUUAUUACUGUCGUUUUACGCUGCUUAGUGACAGUUAAUGUUAAUCAUAAAAUGUUAGUAUAUAUAUUUCUAGUACUGUGUGUGUAUAUUGUACAGAGAUUAAGUAUCUUUAUAGAAGGCUAAUGUUGAUCUAAUCUCCGACAGGUUCCCAAAGGGCCUUCACGUAGAGACCUUGGAGACAGAGAAGGUAAGUGUGCUAGCUAGUCGUUCCCAAAGGGCCUUCACGUAGAGACCUUGGAGACAGAGAAGGUAAGUGUGCUAGCUAGUCGUUCUCCAACCUCUCCUCUGGGACCCCCCAGCCGUUCCAUGGAUUUGAUCUAUUCCAGAACGAGCACACCUGAUUCAGCUGGUCACCAAGCCCUUUAUAUGGUGACUAGGGAACCAAACUGAAUACAACUGGAAGGGGCCUACCUGAAUUUGUCCAAUAUAAACUCAUUUUACAUUGAGAAACUGUCCGUUUGCAACUGUGAGCUACUUCAGGGCUGCAGCAGAAUGGUGGAACGUCGAAGGGUGUCCCCCGAGGAGAGGUUUGAAAACCAUUUAAGCGAGAGGAUGUGACGCGUGAUACCGUUUUCAACUAUUUAGUUUACUGCUCCAUUUGAAAACGUUCUUUUAUACCUCUGGUCGAGUUACUCUGGGAUUUUUCUACAUGUCGGUCAUCAGGAUGAAUGAAAGGCAUUUCUUUUCUCUGGAGUAUACCUGUGCUUAGAGGGCCUUUUUGUCUCCGGACAGAGUGAGGUGUAUGUUUGUAUACGUUAUAAACACAUGUAUGUUUAUAUUAUAUAUGGUGUUGUGUUCCGGAAAGAGCAGUACAUCCAGAUCUAGAAGGCACAACACAGCACAGAAAUACUAUCAUGUGUCAUGUGAUGUGAGUCUGUCGUACUGUGGGAGUGUCUCCAGUCAGUCGGUUUAUGUACAGUAUAGACACAGCAUACAUCAUGUAUUCUAUAUUAUAUUCUGAUAUCUGGUGUUUAACAUACAUCAUGUAUUCUAUAUUAUAUUCGGAUAUCUGGUGUUUAACAUGCAUCAUGUAUUCUAUAUUAUAUUCGGAUAUCUGGUGUUUAACAUGCAUCAUGUAUUCUAUAUUAUAUUCGGAUAUCUGGUGUUUAACAUGCAUCAUGUAUUCUAUAUUAUAUUCGGAUAUCUGGUGUUUAACAUGCAUCAUGUAUUCUAUAUUAUAUUCGGAUAUCUGGUGUUUAACAUGCAUCAUGUAUUGUAUAUUAUAUUCUGAUAUCUGGUGUUUAACAUGCAUCAUGUAUUCUAUAUUAUAUUCGGAUAUCUGGUGUUUAACAUGCAUCAUGUAUUGUAUAUUAUAUUCUGAUAUCUGGUGUUUCAGAAAGAGCGCUACAUCCAGAUCAGCAAGGUGGACGAUGAGGAGCGGAAGAGGAGAGAACGGCAGAAACAGGAGAGAGAACAGGUGACGUUCCUUCUACCGUCUCUAAAAAGCAAACCAACUAAACGGAGACGGUCUAAACGCAGUAACGACAAACUGACAUGACCAGCUGAAUUUCCUUCUACCGUCACUAAAAAGCAAACGUUACAUUUCUUCUUGGAAAUGUUCCAAACCUUCACCCCCCCCUGAAUAAACAUGAUCAGGAGGUAACGUUUUGAAUCUGGGAGAUGACUUGUCCAAUAAGAGACAUUUCUUUGUAGUUUUUCUUUGCGAUGUUUUGCCAUGUUUCCUACUGAACAUGACCCUUGUCAAUCUUUACAGGAGGAGCUGAAUGACGCUGUGGGAUUCUCCAGGGUCAUACACGCCAUCUCCAAAUCUGUGAGUUACCCUGACAACCUGUUAUCAAAUACCGGAGUUCCUGACAACCUGUUAUCAAAUUGUUGUUUUGUUUUAUCUGUAUCUUCUGUUAUGUUGCGACGUAUAUGCCAGCUGCUUUUGCAAUCCAGCACUGAAACUAUAAGGAAUAUUUUAGUUGAGUGAGUUCUCCUUUUUCUCACUUGGGUGCUAUACUAUUUUAUACCUUUUAGGAUGGGACUCAUCUCUUUUCACCCUCUCUCCAACACAGGGAAAGUUGGUGGUUGGCCACAACAUGCUGUUGGAUGUCAUGCAUACCAUCCAUCAGUUCUACUGCGUACUGCCAGAGGUACAAACACGCACCAAUUAGAUGAACAUUGCAGACAUGCGCACGCAAUGGUUUGGAAUCGAAACCUUGUUUCUUUCCUGUUUGACAAACAGUCUUUUCUUUUUUUCCCCCCACAGGACCUGAAUGACUUUAAAGAGGUCACUCAGUGUGUCUUCCCCAGGUAAAGACAUACUGCUGCUACUUCUCUCUAUGGGCCGUUCUGGCUCCGACAAGGCUUACCACUACUUUGACCUAAUCUCUCUGGGAGUCGGUCUAUUUAUCUGGUGUACUGUUAAUCUAUAAACUUCUCCAGUAGCCUAGAGGUUGGAAAGGUGGACCAGCAGCCGGAAAGGCCGGCGACACAAAUGGGAAUGAACUGGCAGCUGGAAAGGCUGCUGGUCUGAUCCCAUAUACCGUCUCCUGCCAUUGUGCAAGGCACUUAACCCACCACAUGUUUUCGAUCCAGGAGCGCUGCAAUUGCGUCUGACCCUGUGCCUCUCAACGCGUUGCCUCCCUGUCAACACGUUGCCUCUCAACGCGCGUGUAUAUCUGGGGCUGUUGGGAAAGGCAGACAUUCCGCUCUAACCAAUGGACAAUAAAGUAUCUCCUCUAUCCUCUUCUCAGGCUGUUGGACACCAAGCUCAUGGCCACAACACAACCUUUCAAGGUAAUAAUAUUUAAAGUAUUUUGAUGUUAGUUUAAAAACGAUGUAAGGAAACCCCUGUUGAAAUCGGAAUAGUAUUUAUUGUGAAAUGUUAUUGUAACCCCUCUAGGAGUUGAUCAACAUCACAUCUCUAGCAGAGCUGCAGAAACAGCUGAAAGAGAGCCCCUUCAAACCUCCUAAAGUUGGUAAGAGAACAUUUACAACUACACCAUGUUUAAGAGUAAGCUAUUUCAGAAGCUAGCAGCUAGCGCGGCAGCUAAUGAUCGAACGGCUAGCGCGGCAGCUAAUGAUCGAACGGCUAGCGCGGCAGCUAAUGAUCGAACGGCUAGCGCGGCAGCUAAUGAUCGAACAGCUAGCGCGGCAGCUAAUGGUCGAACAGCUAGCGCGGCAGCUAAUGAUCAAACAGCUAGCGCGGCAGCUAAUGAUCAAACAGCUAGCUCGAAGGCUAAAAUGGCUUUGGAAAAAUAAGAAUUCAGCUAAUAGGGAGAUGUAUCUAACAAAAUAACUACAUAAUCGCAUUAACUAAUCAUACAACAAUUGACACAUAAUAGAAAUGUUGGUACAUUUGUGUACAAAUCUAACUUAAUCAACCUAUGUUUAUGGUAAGGGACAAAAAUCUAUAGCGGUGGAUAGUAGAACCCCCUGGGGGUAAUUGGCUUAUCCACAGCGGGGACUUGAAGACUGAUGAAGACCAUAGGUUUACUGGUAGAAUGCAAGAGGGAGUACUUCAGGGGUACUCCAGACAGAGCCAAAUGUACUUGCUGGUAUAAGUAACCAAGAAAGGUUGAGAACCAUUGAUCUAUUGGACCUGUGUAGAUACUGUAAUGCAGUGGUAUUCCAAGUCGGGGAAGCGACCCCAGGGCAACUGCAGUGGGGUUCCCUUUUUACAGAUUAUUGUAUGGGACCAUAUACUAACAAAAAUCUACGUUUAUCGUCAUUAGAUCACUGGGGAAAACAAGCCAGGAAAAAAAAAAGUACAUAUUUGAAUUUCAUAAAAAUUGUAAAACAUAAGUUAUCCUUUUUAGAUAAAACUAUACUAAAUAUAAUAUUGUGUUACCAAAUAAUUGAUUAAAACACUAUUUUUGCAAAGAAGGUCUACAGUAGCCUCAACAGCACUCUAUAGGGUGUAGCUGGAGGACAGCUAGCUUCUGUCCUCCUUUGGGUACAUUGACUUAAAUACAAAACCUAUGAGGCUCAUGGUUCUCACCCCCUUCCAUAGACUUAAACAGUUAUGACCAACAUCCGGAGGAUGUCCUCCAACCUAUCAAAGCUCUUGCAGCAUGUCGUGGUAAUUAUUCUAACCAAAAGAGAGACUUUUAGAUUUCUUCAUAACCAUCAAACUUUAUUAAUCAUUACUGCAGUAAUGGAGCGUUAACGGUCGCCCAAUGGUGUAGAGUUAAGGCCCAAAUAAGCAGGGUUAGGUUACAACUUUUUAGUCUUUCUGAGUCCUCGUGACGACGAACAGAUGUGACUUUAUACAAAGGUACAUUGUGUUCUCAUGCAACAGACAGCAAGAUUUACAUGGCGCCAAAUAUCUCUAGUUAAUUUACUACUUGUUUAUACAGAAACACUAAUGCAACAUGGGAUACUAAGUCCUUCCCUUAAUUUAUGAAGUCCAGUGCUCAUUAAUAAUCUGGAGGGAGGAUUCUCCUCUCCCUGGCAGACAGACCAGCAUUCAACAUAGACACUGCUAAUGGAAUGGAGUGUUUUCUUAUCACCAGGCCAUCGUAAAUCAACUGUCAGCAUUAAGCCUCAGAGGCUCCUCUCGGAAGAACAGAAAUUGUGAAUGUACUAAUAUAGGAAUAUAUUCUAAUAUAAAAGUAAUGUGAUUUAACAUAAUAUUGUAAUUCUACGACAAGCAUGAACUGACAUGUCCACCCAAUCAAAGGAUCAGAGAAUGAAUCUAGUACUGAAAGCAUAAGCUACAGCUAGCUAGCAGUGCAUAAAAUGUGGUGAGUAGUUGACUCAAAGAGACAAUAGUUGAACAGUGUUUAAUAAAGUAAUUUCUUCCUAAAUAAAGGAGAAGCUAAGAGUUCAUUUUCUUUCAGUUUCACUUACUUAGCUAGCAAAUGCAGCUAGCUAGUUUAGCCUACUGAAACGCCCUGCUCAAACAUAGGGAUGCUAUGUUAGCUAGCUGGCUAUGAAGAUCCAACACUGGAACUCUUCCAAGUCAAGAUAAGCUUCUGGUUUUAUAAAUGUAUUGCCACCAGGGCCCGCCGGUGUAAGAGCUAAACUGCUUACUUGACUGUACACUGUAACGUUACUGCAUGAUUGUAGCGAGUUUACUUGCACAUUAGUUCUAUUAGCUAUGUUGACUAUGAUGUUACUUUAGCUAAUAUGAUGUAGGCUGUGUGUAGCAAUUAUGAUAUGGUUUGGCUUGGAAAGGUUUGUCAUUUUUAUCAAGGGAGGCCAAAUGCUCUCUGGCUUCCCUGGCAUUCAAUCCUACGGUCGGCAACAAUGUCAUACUCUUUAUGACCAGACAGCAUCAGAUAGAUGGGCUACACGUACUGAGACAGAGGGGGCGCUGUUUCGCUCACUCGGAUGCUUUCUCCGGUGAGAUACAUUCAGCCUCUAGCGAAUUGAAGGAAAAUUAUGAAACUGAGACGAAAGAGACAUUAUUUAAUGUUUUUUUUUUUUUUUAAUUGGUAAAGUUUUUGGGGAAGCCUGGCUUCCCCUGGCAUCCAUGAGUACAUGCCACUGGUCGCUAGAGUCAUUUAAAAAAAAAUGGGGUCCCCAGAAAUUCUGGCGGGAAAAAUGGUGUCCCUGCUGAACUUUUGAAUACUCCUGCUGGAAUGUCUAUGGCCAGGGACAAUAAUGAGAGACAUCUAUUAAAGUGUAGUGUCUGAUUUAGCCCUGCUUCUCUUCUUUCCUCCAUGGACCAGUGACGGCGGAGGAUUUCCCCAGCUACGAUACAGCCCAGGAACAGCUCCACGAGGCGGGCUACGAUGCCUACAUCACUGGCCUCUGCUUCAUCGCCAUGGCCAACUACCUAGGUACCUAACUCUACCUAUACACACUGCUACUGCUAUUACUACUGCUACGACUACUAUUACUACUACUACGACUACUAAUACUGCUCUAACCCUACAUCACUGGCCUCUGCUUCAUCGCCAUGGCCAACUACCUAGGUACCUAACUCUACCUAUACACACUGCUACUGCUACUACUACUACUACUACUACUACUACUAUUACUAAUGCUGCUACUACUGCUGCUACUGCUGCUACUACUACUACUAUUACUACUACUACGACUACUACUACUGCUCUAACCCUACAUCACUGGCCUCUGCUUCAUCGCCAUGGCCAACUACCUAGGUACCUAACUCUACCUAUACACACUACUACUACUACUACUACUACUACUACUACUACUACUAUUACUAAUGCUGCUACUACUGCUGCUACUGCUGCUACGACUACUACUACGACUACUACUACGACUACUACUACUACUACUACUACUAUUACUACUACUACUACUGCUGCUACUACUGCUACUACUAUUACUACUACUACUGCUCUAACCCUACAUCACUGGCCUCUGCUUCGUUGGCCUUUUCUCAUUUGGGUAAAAGUCUGUCCUCCUUACGCUCUCUCCUCCGUGGUCGAGGAGAGAGUAGGGAACAGAAGCGUGUCCUCCCCUCGUCGACAGCCACCUUUCAUUGAGGAUAGUCACGUGUAUCCUACCUAAGUCCUUGGUGGAAGAUCUGCCAGGCCCCCUUCCAGUCAGGUUGUCAGAGGAGAGAAGCAUGCGCUCACCAUAAGGAGCAUAUCGUUUUAUCUAGAAAAUGUCAACUACCUUCAUUAGUUUUCAUCACUUUACACAUUUAUUCCGAGAUCCACCCCCUGGAAACGUCAUCCGCGUUAUGUGGCGCGAGUAGAGAAGGAUCAUUUCAUACCGGCACGUUUUCAUCCACGUUCCCUCUCCUCCACCGCCUCUCCUCCGUGACCUUCGACCUUUUUCAGAAGGAGGCGAGAGAGGAUGCAGGAGUUGAGCAAAUCCAAUUGAGAAAAGGCCAUCUCCAUGGCCAGCCACCUAGGUAACACUACCACUUACCGUUAGUGAAAAUGGAUGGGGACAGUACCGUAGGCAUGGACAGCUUGGAGUCUCUGUGACGGCAUAUAGGCUAAAGCAGUAGAAGCUGUAACGUUUUUGUCAUCGGUGGCUGUUCAUCUCUUUCCACCUCAGGUACUUUCCUGACUCCCCCCAAAGCCCACAUCCCGUCCCGAUCUAAACUCAUCGAACCCUUCGUCAACAAGUAAGAUAUUUUUUCCCCUUCAGUUUCUUUACCUCCUAUGGGGACUCGUAGGUAUUCCCUACCUCAACAUGUCUUAGUGUAUGAAGCCUUAUAAUGCUACAUUGACGUCUCAUGUCUUCUCCAGACUGUUCCUGAUGAGGAUCAUAGAUAUCCCCUACCUCAACAUCAGCGGACCAGACCGUGAGUAGUUCUAUGUGAUACAAUAUACUGUCCAACACCGUAUCCUACAGAACGGUAGUAUUAUACACUGCCUCACCUGCGUAUAGUCAGCAGCCAAAAAAAAUGGAGAGAGUUUAUUAACGAUGACAUAUAGAAAUGGGCCGUGACAAUGAUGUAUAUAAACCCAUCAUUGGGCAGUGGUGAUAACUAAUAAUGUUCCUUGUUCCCUCUCUCUAUCCAUCUCUGUUCCCCUCUCUCUCUAUCCAUCUCUGUUCCCCUCUCUCUCUAUCCAUCUCUGUUCCCCUCUCUCUCUAUCCAUCUCUGUUCCCCUCUCUCUAUCCAUCUCUGUUCCCCUCUCUCUAUCCAUCUCUGUUCCCCUCUCUCUAUCCAUCUCUGUUCCCCUCUCUCUAUCCAUCUCUGUUCCCCUCUCUCUAUCCAUCUCUGUUCCCCUCUCUCUAUCCAUCUCUGUUCCCCUCUCUCUAUCCAUCUCUGUUCCCCUCUCUCUAUCCAUCUCUGUUCCCCUCUCUCUAUCCAUCUCUGUUCCCCUCUCUCUAUCCAUCUCUGUUCCCCUCUCUCUAUCCAUCUCUGUUCCCCUCUCUCUAUCCAUCUCUGUUCCCCCCUCUCUCUAUCAUCUCUGUUCCCCCCUCUCUCUAUCCAUCUCUGUUCCCCCCUCUCUCUAUCCAUCUCUGUUCCCCUCUUCCCCCCUCUCCUCCUCUACAGUCCAGCCCAAGAGGGAUCAUGUUCUGUACGUUACCUUCCCUAAGGAGUGGAAGACCAGUGACCUCUACCAGCUAUUCAGUGCCUUUGGUAAGACACACACCACAUAAUAUGAAAAUAAUAUAUGCUGUUUAGCAGACACUUUUAUCCAAAGCAAUGUACAUUGGUGGUCCCAGUGGGAAUCAAAGCCACCACCCUGGUGUUGCAAGUGCUCUGCUCUACCAACUGGGACACCAAACCCCACACAAACCAGUAACUACCAACUGGGUCACCAAACCCCACACAAACCAGUAACUACCAACUGGGUCACCAAACCCCACACAAACCAGUAACUACCAACUGGGUCACCAAACCCCACACAAACCAGUAACUACCAACUGGGACACCAAACCCCACACAAACCAGUAACUACCAACUGGGACACCAAACCCCACACAAACCAGUAACUACCAACUGGGACACCAAACCCCACACAAACCAGUAACUACCAACUGGGACACCAAACCCCACACAAACCAGUAACUACCAACUGGGACACCAAACCCCACACAAACCAGUAACUACCAACUGGGACACCAAACCCCACACAAACCAGUAACUACCAACUGGGACACCAAACCCCACACAAACCAGUAACUACCAACUGGGACACCAAACCCCACACAAACCAGUAACUACCAACUGGGACACCAAACCCCACACAAACCAGUAACUACCAACUGGGACACCAAACCCCACACAAACCAGUAACUACCAACUGGGACACCAAACCCCACACAAACCAGUAACUACCAACUGGGACACCAAACCCCACACAAACCAGUAACUACCAACUGGGACACCAAACCCCACACAAACCAGUAACUACCAACUGGGACACCAAACCCCACACAAACCAGUAACUACCAACUGGGACACCAAACCCCACACAAACCAGUAACUACCAACUGGGACACCAAACCCCACACAAACCAGUAACUACCAACUGGGACACACACCAGGACAGCUUUUAAUUGCCGUGUCUGCCCGCAUGUCUCCUAGGUAACAUCCAGGUGUCGUGGAUUGAUGACACGUCAGCGUUUGUGUCUCUGAGUCAGACGGAGCAGGUGCAGAUCGGUGAGUACUGGCCUCAACUAGCGUCCCAACAUGCACCCUAUUCCCUAUAUAUAGUGCACUACGUUUGACCCAGAGACCAGGACUUGACUUGGGCCGGCACCUCAAAUGUUCUACUGCUUGAGUUCUGGCACCUCUUAUAGAAGACUUAGAACUAUUGCAGAGUUCCUGCACCUAAAUCUAAAUGGUUGAGGAUGAACAGCUGUUUCAGGCCAAGUGGAGCGCUGCCAGAGACGUUACCCAAUCCUCCUGCACUACUAUUAACCAGCUGUUUCAGGCCAAGUGGAGCGCUGCCAGAGACGUUACCCAAUCCUCCUGCACUACUAUUAACCAGCUGUUUCAGGCCAAGUGGAGCGCUGCCAGAGACGUUACCCAAUCCUCCUGCACUACUAUUAACCAGCUGUUUCAGCCCCAGCUGUUUCAGGCCAAGUGGAGCGCUGCCAGAGACGUUACCCAAUCCUCCUGCACUACUAUUAACCAGCUGUUUCAGGCCAAGUGGAGCGCUGCCAGAGACGUUACCCAAUCCUCCUGCACUACUAUUAACCAGCUGUUUCAGGCCAAGUGGAGCGCUGCCAGAGACGUUACCCAAUCCUCCUGCACUACUAUUAACCAGCUGUUUAUGUGCCUGUACUGUGGGUGUGGUCUCACUCUGUUCCUGUCAAUCUGUCUCCAAACCCUGGUACACAAAAGGUUGAGCAACACUGCUCUAGAAAACUCAACAUUUCACUUCAAAUGAAUCAAAGUUGAUAUUUUUCUAUAUAUUUUUUUUGCGAUCGUUCUGACUAGACUCCCAUUCUCUCCUUUGUGUGGCCUUCUCCGUCUGUCUGUAUAGCGAUUAACACGAGUCGCUAUGCGGAGAGCUACCGUAUCCAGACGUAUGCGGAGUACGUCCAGGGCAGACAGCAAGUCAGGGAGAGCCAGGGCCACACUACCCAGUCCUGGGAUGAGGACGGCUGGGUUAAACCACACUACACCUCCCCCUCUACCGUUGGUGAUGGACCUACUGGCUACAGCUACGGUCACAACAGGUUUACACAGACACCACUUUAUUUCAUAUACUUUUUUAAUGCAAGGGGGUCCUUGAGUGUCUUGAAAGGCGUCUGUCAAUGUUAUUUUUUGUAUUAUUUAAAAGAAGCAAAGAAUCUGCUCCACCGUUCUACAAGUUCACGGUGGAGUCUCUCUAAGGCAGGUUGAUUUGUUUAAAAUGUGAAGGCGGUCCUUGUGUGCACUCUGUUGUACGCGUCAGGCAGUCGUCGGGGAAACGCUGCAUCAGUCCUAUCCAGGAGGAGCAGCCUGCGGAGGGAGGGGCACUGAGCACACACACUGACGGGUGGAGCGGCUACGCUCACUGUCACACACACUCCGACACGGGCAGCAAGAAGAUCAGGACUGACGGUAAGGACCCCCCCCGCCCCCCCCGCUGGGAGACAGACAGUAACUAAGUGUAUAUAUCCAUCACCAGUGUACUAAUCAUGAACAGAAUGUUCAGAGGAAAACACUGAUCGAGAAACACCUGUUCUGAUGUGGUCUGUUUUCUCUAGGGGGGUGUAGACCUGAUGUGGUGUAGUCUCCUCCAGGGGUGUGUAGACCUGAUGUGGUGUCGUCUCUAGGUGUGUAGACCUGAUGUGUUGUAUUCUCUAGGGGUGUGUAGACCUGAUGUGUUGUCUUCUCUAGGGGUGUGUAGACCUGAUGUGGUGUCGUCUCCUCCAGGGGGGUGUGUAGACCUGAUGUGGUGUCGUCUCUAGGGGUGUUGUCUCCUCCAGGGGGGUGUGUAGACCUGAUGUGGUGUCUUCUCUAGGGGUGUUGUCUCCUCCAGGGCGGUGUGUAGACCUGAUGUGGUGUCUUCUCUAGGGGUGUGUAGACCUGAUGUGGUGUUGUCUCUAGGGGUGUGUAGACCUGAUGUGGUGUUGUCUCCUCCAGGGGGGUGUGUAGACCUGAUGUGGUGUCGUCUCUAGGGGUGUGUAGACCUGAUGUGGUGUUGUCUCCUCCAGGGGGGUGUGUAGACCUGAUGUGGUGUCGUCUCUAGGGGUGCGUAGACCUGAUGUGGUGUCGUCUCUAGGGGUGUGUAGACCUGAUGUGGUGUCGUCUCCUCCAGGGGGGUGUGUAGACCUGAUGUGGUGUCGUCUCUAGGGGUGUGUAGACCUGAUGUGGUGUUGUCUCCUCCAGGGGGGUGUGUAGACCUGAUGUGGUGUCGUCUCUAGGGGUGUGUAGCCCUGAUGUGGUGUUGUCUCCUCCAGGGGGGUGUGUAGACCUGAUGUGGAGUCGACUCCUCCAGGGGGGGGUGUAGACCUGAUGUGGUGUCGUCUCUAGGGGUGUGUAGACCUGAUGUGGAGUCGACUCCUCCAGGGGGGUGUGUAGACCUGAUGUGGUGUUGUCUCUAGGGGUGUGUAGACCUGAUGUGGUGUCGUCUCCUCCAGGGGGGUGUGUAGACCUGAUGUGGUGUUGUCUCUAGGGGUGUGUAGACCUGAUGUGGUGUCGUCUCCUCCAGGGGGGUGUGUAGACCUGAUGUGGUGUUGUCUCUAGGGGUGUGUAGACCUGAUGUGGUGUCGUCUCCUCCAGGGGGGUGUGUAGACCUGAUGUGGUGUUGUCUCUAGGGGUAUGUAGACCUGAUGUGGUGUUGUCUCCUCCAGGGGGGUGUAGACCUGAUGUGGUGUUGUCUCCUCCAGGGGGGUGUGUAGACCUGAUGUGGUGUCGUCUCCAGGGGUGUGUAGACCUGAUGUGGUGUUGUCUCUAGGGGUGUGUAGACCUGAUGUGGUGUUGUCUCCUCCAGGGGGGGGUGUAGACCUGAUGUGGUGGUGUCUCCUCCAGGGGGGUGUGUAGACCUGAUGUGGUGUUGUCUCCUCCAGGGGGGUGUGUAGACCUGAUGUGGUGUCGUCUCCUCCAGGGGGGUGUGUAGACCUGAUGUGGUGUUGUCUCUAGGGGUGUGUAGACCUGAUGUGGUGUCGUCUCCUCCAGGGGGGUGUGUAGACCUGAUGUGGUGUUGUCUCUAGGGGUGUGUAGACCUGAUGUGGUGUCGUCUCCUCCAGGGGGGUGUGUAGACCUGAUGUGGUGUUGUCUCUAGGGGUGUGUAGACCUGAUGUGGUGUCGUCUCCUCCAGGGGGGUGUGUAGACCUGAUGUGGUGUUGUCUCUAGGGGUGUGUAGACCUGAUGUGGUGUUGUCUCUAGGGGUAUGUAGACCUGAUGUGGUGUUGUCUCCUCCAGGGGGGUGUAGACCUGAUGUGGUGUUGUCUCCUCCAGGGGGGUGUGUAGACCUGAUGUGGUGUCGUCUCCAGGGGUGUGUAGACCUGAUGUGGUGUUGUCUCUAGGGGUGUGUAGACCUGAUGUGGUGUUGUCUCCUCCAGGGGGGUGUGUAGACCUGAUGUGGUGUUGUCUCUAGGGGUGUGUAGACCUGAUGUGGUGUUGUCUCCUCCAGGGGGGUGUAGACCUGAUGUGGUGUUGUCUCCUCCAGGGGGGUGUGUAGACCUGAUGUGGUGUCGUCUCCAGGGGUGUGUAGACCUGAUGUGGUGUUGUCUCUAGGGGUGUGUAGACCUGAUGUGGUGUUGUCUCCUCCAGGGGGGUGUGUAGACCUGAUGUGGUGUUGUCUCUAGGGGUGUGUAGACCUGAUGUGGUGUUGUCUCCUCCAGGGGGGUGUGUAGACCUGAUGUGGUGUUGUCUCUAGGGGUGUGUAGACCUGAUGUGGUGUUGUCUCCUCCAGGGGGGUGUGUAGACCUGAUGUGGUGUUGUCUCUAGGGGUGUGUAGACCUGAUGUGGUGUUGUCUCCUCCAGGGGGGUGUGUAGACCUGAUGUGGUGUCGUCUCUAGGGGUGUGUAGCCCUGAUGUGGUGUUGUCUCUAGGGGUGUGUAGACCUGAUGUGGUGUUGUCUCCUCCAGGGGGGUGUGUAGACCUGAUGUGGAGUCGACUCCUCCAGGGGGGUGUGUAGACCUGAUGUGGUGUCGUCUCUAGGGGUGUGUAGACCUGAUGUGGUGUUGUCUCCUCCAGGGGGGUGUGUAGACCUGAUGUGGUGUCGUCUCUAGGGGUGUGUAGCCCUGAUGUGGUGUUGUCUCUAGGGGUGUGUAGACCUGAUGUGGUGUUGUCUCCUCCAGGGGGGUGUGUAGACCUGAUGUGGAGUCGACUCCUCCAGGGGGGUGUGUAGACCUGAUGUGGUGUCGUCUCUAGGGGUGUGUAGCCCUGAUGUGGUGUUGUCUCUAGGGGUGUGUAGACCUGAUGUGGUGUUGUCUCCUCCAGGGGGGUGUGUAGACCUGAUGUGGAGUCGACUCCUCCAGGGGGGUGUGUAGACCUGAUGUGGUGUCGUCUCUAGGGGUGUGUAGACCUGAUGUGGUGUUGUCUCCUCCAGGGGGGUGUGUAGACCUGAUGUGGUGUCGUCUCUAGGGGUGUGUAGCCCUGAUGUGGUGUUGUCUCUAGGGGUGUGUAGACCUGAUGUGGUGUUGUCUCCUCCAGGGGGGUGUGUAGACCUGAUGUGGAGUCGACUCCUCCAGGGGGGUGUGUAGACCUGAUGUGGUGUUGUCUCUAGGGGUGUGUAGACCUGAUGUGGUGUUGUCUCCUCCAGGGGGGUGUGUAGACCUGAUGUGGUGUCGUCUCCUCCAGGGGGGUGUGUAGACCUGAUGUGGUGUUGUCUCUAGGGGUGUGUAGACCUGAUGUGGUGUCGUCUCCUCCAGGGGGGUGUGUAGACCUGAUGUGGUGUUGUCUCUAGGGGUGUGUAGACCUGAUGUGGUGUUGUCUCUAGGGGUAUGUAGACCUGAUGUGGUGUUGUCUCCUCCAGGGGGGUGUAGACCUGAUGUGGUGUUGUCUCCUCCAGGGGGGUGUGUAGACCUGAUGUGGUGUCGUCUCCAGGGGUGUGUAGACCUGAUGUGGUGUUGUCUCUAGGGGUGUGUAGACCUGAUGUGGUGUUGUCUCCUCCAGGGGGGUGUGUAGACCUGAUGUGGAGUCGACUCCUCCAGGGGGGUGUGUAGACCUGAUGUGGUGUCGUCUCUAGGGGUGUGUAGACCUGAUGUGGUGUUGUCUCCUCCAGGGGGGUGUGUAGACCUGAUGUGGUGUCGUCUCCUCCAGGGGGGUGUGUAGACCUGAUGUGGUGUUGUCUCUAGGGGUGUGUAGACCUGAUGUGGUGUUGUCUCCUCCAGGGGGGUGUGUAGACCUGAUGUGGUGUUGUCUCUAGGGGGGUGUAGACCUGAUGUGGUGUUGUCUCCUCCAGGGGGGUGUGUACGGACGUAUGCAGGAGUAGUGGACAGCAGGACGUCAGAAGGUUGGCUGAAAACUCAGUAAGUAAAGAUUUGUGAACAGUUGAACAUAUAACUCUAGAACUUUUAGUGGUGCUUUAAACUAGAAAAACUACCUGGGUGUUCGUUGAAGGAAGUUAAGCCUGUGAUUGGUUGCUCUUCACUGUAGGUCUGGGUCUGAUUCGUCGAGCAUGAGUCCGAUCCAGGAAGAGGUGGGGUCAGAGGCGGUGGACGACGCUAGUGAUCCAGCGGCGGGCGACUGGCAACAGCAGUCUUCAGCCAAUCAGAGCAAGAAGGGCCGCAAGAACAACAAGAAGAGGAAGACUGAUGGUGAGACAAGUGUGUUUUUAAAGUGUAUAUUGCCCCAUCAAAUCAAGCUUUUAUUAAUACAGCACAUUUCAGACAUGGAAUGCAACACAAUGUGCUUCACAUGAAAAAACUAAUAAAAACAAUGAAAAUAAAACAUAAAUAUUUAAUAGACAACAAACAUCAGAGGAUAAAAAACUAAAGAACAAUUAAACUGAAGGACUAAAAAGCAGCCUGAGGAAAAGCAACGCUAAAAAGGAGUGUUUUAAGAUCUCUUUUAAAUAUGUCCCCAGUUUCUGGGGGGCAUAGUAACUAAAGGCUGCCUCUCCAUGCCUCUUGGCCCUAGGCUGUCCCCAGUUUCUGGGGGGCAUAGUAACUAAAGGCUGCCUCUCCAUGCCUCUUGGCCCUAGGCUGUCCACAGUUUCUGGGGGUCAUAGUAACUAAAGGCUGCCUCUCCAUGCCUCUUGGCCCUAGGCUGUCCACAGUUUCUGGGGGUCAUAGUAACUAAAGGCUGCCUCUCCAUGCCUCUUGGCCCUAGGCUGUCCACAGUUUCUGGGGGUCAUAGUAACUAAAGGCUGCCUCUCCAUGCCUCUUGGCCCUAGGCUGUCCCCAGUUUCUGGGGGGCAUAGUAACUAAAGGCCGCCUCUCCAUGCCUCUUGGCCCUAGGCUGUCCACAGUUUCUGGGGGGCAUAGUAACUAAAGGCUGCCUCUUGGCCCUAGGCUGUCCCCAGUUUCUGGGGGUCAUAGUAACUAAAGGCUGCCUCUCCAUGCCUCUUGGCCCUGGGCUGUCCCCAGUUUCUGGGGGUCAUAGUAACUAAAGGCUGCCUCUCCAUGCCUCUUGGCCCUAGGCUGUCCCCAGUUUCUGGGGGUCAUAGUAACUAAAGGCCGCCUCUCCAUGCCUCUUGGUCCUAGGCUGUCCCCAGUUUCUGGGGGUCAUAGUAACUAAAGGCCGCCUCUCCAUGCCUCUUGGUCCUAGGCUGUCCACAGUUUCUGGGGGGCAUAGUAACUAAAGGCUGCCUCUCCAUGCCUCUUGGCCCUAGGCUGUCCACAGUUUCUGGGGGGCAUAGUAACUAAAGGCUGCCUCUCCAUGCCUCUUGGUCCUAGGCUGUCCCCAGUUUCUGGGGGUCAUAGUAACUAAAGGCCGCCUCUCCAUGCCUCUUGGUCCUAGGCUGUCCACAGUUUCUGGGGGGCAUAGUAACUAAAGGCUGCCUCUCCAUGCCUCUUGGCCCUAGGCUGUCCACAGUUUCUGGGGGGCAUAGUAACUAAAGGCUGCCUCUCCAUGCCUCUUGGCCCUAGGCUGUCCCCAGUUUCUGGGGGUCAUAGUAACUAAAGGCUGCCUCUCCAUGCCUCUUGGCCCUAGGCUGUCCCCAGUUUCUGGGGGUCAUAGUAACUAAAGGCUGCCUCUCCAUGCUGUCCCCAGUUUCUGGGGGGCAUAGUAACUAAAGGCCGCCUCUCCAUGCAUCUUGGUCCUAGGCUUUGGGAUAGUUAAACGGCCAGUGCCAGAGGACCUGAGGGACCUACUGGUUACAUAACUUAAAAGCAUGUCUGACAUGUAUUGGGAUGCACAAUCGUGGAUUGAUUUAAAAACCAAUAGAAGAAUCUUAACAUUUAAUUCUAAAACUCACAGGCAGCCAGUGCAGAGGCCUUAAAACCGUCUGGUCUUGGUCAGCAUUCUGUAUGUUUUGCAGUUGACCAAAGGCUUUCUUGGUUAGACCAGACAGGAGAGCAUUACAGUAGUCAAGCCUGCUUGUAAUAAAAGCAUGGAUGAGUCUCUCUGUAUCAGCCUGAGAGAGAAACAGCCCCACCUUGGCAAUGUUCCUCAGGUGCUAAAAUGCUAUUUUGGUCACAAUCCUAAUGUGAUUCAAUUUAGUUCAGAAUCUAAAAUAACACCUAGGUUUUUUUUAUCUUUAUGGCCUGUGAAUUAAAAUGCGUGGCCAUGUUCUCUCUCUGCGCUUUGGCUCCAAUAAUAAGUAUCUUGGUCUUGUCUUGAUUUAGCCGGAGGAAGUUGUGAGCCAUCCAAAGUGUUUAAAUCACUUAAUAGUCUAAUUUAUCUGUGGAGCUAAAGUCCUCUGGUGACAGACCCUGAUAGUUAGAGCCCAAGAGAGAGUUUGAUCUCCACUUCUCCUUAUUGAAGAGUUGUGAAUAGCACCAUCACCGGUGGUGUACCUCAGGUUGACUGUCUCUCUGUCUCACCUCUCCCUUUUCCCUCCCUCUAGGUGCAGAGACCAUGUCUUCUCUGUCUCACCUCUCCCUUUUCCCUCCCUCUAGGUGCAGAGACCAUGUCUUCUCUGUCUCACCUCUCCCUUUUCCCUCCCUCUAGGUGCAGAGACCACGUCUUCUCUCUUCGAAGUUCCUCA